AUGACGCAGGACCUCGGGUACUCAAACCCUCCCAGCCCAAUCUCCUACAACGAAUCCACCAAAGCUUCCACCAGGGCCUCCGCUGAGCUACAUCAACAAUGCAUGGACCUUCUCAACGAUCUGGACUCGUUCCAGGAACUUCUAAAAACGACACUCCGCAACCCACAGCUUGUCGAAGUACGACAGUUCCGAUCAAACGUCAGCGCCGAGAUGAAGAUGCUGCUUAAGCUGGAGGAACGGAUUCAGAGCCAGGUACAAAAAUCCAAGGAAAAGACCGAAGAGAGUUGCGACAAUGAGCUCGAGGAUGGAGAGAAAGAAUCACAACCACAGCCACAGCCACCACAACCAAUUGGGGGAACGCAGCCGGAUGGAGUAGAUCCUGACGUUGAGAUGCGGUUGCUGCAUGCGCUGCGUUCGUCGAAUUUACCAUUCUACCAGGCUGUGUGGGGCAUUGCGUUGAACUGUGAUGGGUUACUUGCGUUGGGGAAACGGUUUUACUGGGACGGGGAGACAAAGGCGCCUUGGAAGAGAGGCGCGCAAGGUGCAGGUGGUGGGAAUACGAAGCAAACCAACAAGGAUAAACGCAAGAGUGUUUUUGUGGACAUUGUGGCAGGUGAUGGGAUGGAAUGGGUGAAGGUAUCGACCAUCUCGGAGAGCAGGUUACUCUUUGAAAUGGCGAAGAAAGGGUGGGAGGCGGACAGUGAGGAUGAGUUUUCAGAUUCAGGGAGUGAGGCGCCGGCGCGGAGGACUGUGCUGCGCAACUUUGAUGGGGAAAAUCCAGAUGAGGAUGAUGAUGAUGAUGACCUAGAGCUGAUCAAGUUGGCUCGGGACUUGAGGAAGGCUGCUGAUGAUACGCGAGUGAGGUACAAACAUCCUAGACUACGAGUUGUUCUACCGAAGAUCGAGGAGGGCAAUGUUCCUGAGAUUGAUGAUGUUCUGGCAGAGAUGCGCAGCUAUGGUAUCCAGGUUGAGUGUCAAGAAAACCAGCCCGCUAAAAUAGGCACAACAGACCUUACUAGGCUACUGCCUCAGCCAUACAAGAACUUCACCUCCUCUGUGAAUGUUGAUUGUACCCUUUUACUUGCAAUGGUAUCGGACUUGUCCCAUAUCAAGAACAUCCCCCUGUUGCCCAGUUUCCACAAGGCCAUCGUUCGACAAAUAGAGGUCGACAAAGAUAUGCCACUACUCCCAAGCGAACUCUGGCCAGCCAUGGGCUCCCGUGAGCUAGUUUGCACCAGCGAAGCAGCCACGCGGAUGAUUGAAAUUGUGAAUCUCCUCGGAACCGAGACAGAAAAGGCUCGAACGAGAAUCGUGAUGGGUCAGCCUUGUGAGGAGGAUGAAGGCUGCCAGUCACUUAUCAACCGGUUCCAGGCCCUAUCUGACCACCCUGUGCCUGAGAACUGGAAACUUCCUAUAAAUGUGAUAGACGCACAGCCAGUGAUCAAUGCUUGCUUGGCAGAAGGAAGACUCCCCCCGGUUGCCGAUCAAGUUGCGGAAGGCUUGUCGGAUAUAAACUAUAGUGUUUUUAUGUAUGGGUGGGCCACAGGAAUAACUACCAUCACCAGCAACCGCACGAUCGAUAAACAGAUCGAGGCUACAAUUGAGAAAAACCGACGACUGGACGAGGGUCUUGAGGGCCCCGUGGUCUGGGUAUGUGAUACAGCGAGAAGUUUGGUUGGAAAAGAUAGAGACCGCAAGGCCUAA